AUGAAGGCGGCCAGGAUGAUCCGCAGCGAAGAUUGCCGCAACUGCGAAUUCGUCUUCAAGGACCCCUGCCAUGUCCUGAGGACGAUAUGUGGUUUGGUCAGCGCCUCCUUCGACACCUGCGAAUCCGUGCUCUUCAAUGACAAGACAUCAGUCGUGCCAUCCAUCAUGAACAGCCACGAAUGGCAAAACAAAUUUCAAUGGAUGCAGAAGGUUGUGGCCGAACGGCCUGGGUUCAGUGGUGCCUUGAAGGAUUGGUUUGCACGGCAGCGAAAGCUUUUCCAGGACCUGGAGGUGUUAAACGAGAUCCCAGGCGCAGACGCCGCAAGUCAAACUUGCACGGUGCAUGCCGUCAGGAAUGCCAUGGAGUGCCCUGCCUUCGCCGUGAACGGCCGGACGUUCCAUUUGUGGAGUUCUACUAGCGGCAACCGUGAGGUCUUCAAAGAGGUUGCGGAGAACAUGUCCAAUGUCGUGGAGGCGGCCAUGGACAGGGUGCAGAGCGAGCUUCUAAGUUCCAUCCAGUGCGAUUGGCAAGUGUUCCACAUGGGCAGGUGGCACCAGAGCCAAAGCAUGAGCCUAGAUGAGCUGGACACCUUCGAGAAGUUGAUUCGAUCUCGCCUUCGACGUCUCUUUCGCCUCGCCCAUGAAGAUGCAGACCAAGGCAUCAGACAGUUUUUCCAGGUUGUGCCAAUUCUGUAUGAGAAGUACCUGUCCGAGAUGGCCGAAGGCACCACGCCCGACAAUCGCACACUUUGGGCCUUCGUCUUCCAGGACAACAUCGCCUCCGUCGCCAAUGCUGCUGGACGAUUGGACGAGCUACGCCCUUUGG